AUGUCUCUCCUCGACCGCAGAUCAAGCGCCGGUGAACCGUCAGACCCGAAAAUCCCGGACCUUGGCCUCGGUGUACGGGCGUACAAGGCUUGCGCUGCAUGCCGGUCGCGAAAAGUCCGAUGUAUCGUUGAGGAUAGAGCGGCUGGUGCAAGUUGUGUCCAGUGUCUGAAAGAUAGCCGAGACUGUGUCUUUGGUGCCAAGAAACGCUCCUACGAUACGAGUGCUCGAACGAGAAAAGCUCAGGAGAAGCGAGCCCGGCUUCAAGUCCCAGAAACAGCUCCAACGGCCGAGAAUCUGGCUCAUGAACAUUUCAAUGUUCGAAGCUCUGCAGAUGCGCUCUUGUUCCUGUCGGACGCCGCUGCGAGACAUGGCGAUGACGCUGAACCGCCCAGAGGCCACGGCGAGCCGGCCCAACAGCACUCAGUCGCCUCAGUCGCUUCCGAUAAUAGACAUGAGAGUGGAAUACCGGUGUUAGUUGACAUGGAACAGGAGCAGACCAUGCUAGAACCACCGGUCUCACCAUGUGAAAACCCCGAUAUCCAAGAUAAAAUAGCAACCUUCCGCUGCCACCUAUUCUGGGAGAAUAUUGUUACUCCCAACGAAGCAUUGGCCUACAUUUGCUUCUUCUUCAGAGAUCUCUAUCCCUUCUUCCCCUUCAUACCAGACGCCUACUACACAUGCCUUACUGGAUCUAACCCCGACCUACAGGUAAUGCGCUCUCUAUUCGAGGAGGAUGACAUACUUCUAGGAUGUCUCAUCACUGUUUCUAGCCGCUACUAUCACCUGCCCAAGCAUACCGUCGGCGGAUACGAGAGAAGCUGCGAGGUCCACAAUACCAGUUGGUUGUGGACAAAACGUCAGGUGGCCAGGGUAGUCUUUGAGGGGGUCAGGCCAAAGUCCCCUCUGUCAGUUGUCGAGACUCUAUUGAUGCUGGCUGAGUGGCUACCGAAGCCUAUACACGCCUUUGUCGAGAACAACAACACGCAGGGCAGUCGGUGCGCAUCAUAUGGUCAACGGGCCGGCGAGUUAAUCCUCCAGCCUGCGUUCCGUACAGACCAGGUUUCUUGGUCCUACGUGGGUAAUGCGUUCCUUCUUCUGCGAUCCCUACCCCCAAGCCGAAGGAUAUGCCCUAUCCUCAAGACCUCAUGUCGAUACCUAACCAUCUUGUUCGGGUGUCUCAUCAUGUCCCAGUCACUUGCUCGUCGCUUAGGUCGCCCGGCCUUGAUGAGCUUCGACGACGUAGACCUCACUCAGGUCAGCCAGGCUUUCCACGAUCGCAACAUCAGACUUCACGGACCACAAAACGGCCACGAGGCUAUACCAAAUCUGAGCCUCGGUGUCUCGGAUCAGUUUCACAGCGCUUUUGUUGGGCUCAUGAAGCUUCUAGCCCACACCCAGGAUGUCCUACACCCACCGACAGGAGAUGGCAUUGUUGAGCCAAAAGCGGAAGCUUUACAGACAAGCCAACGCCUGUUGGCACUAUUGCAGCACUUUGACAUGAUGAAUCAAAACUGGAAGACGCAGUAUGCCAGUCUAUGGGACUCAAGCGCCCCUGGCAUGUCCGAGUUUUCAAGGGCCAUGCUAAAGAUUGACUUUGAGUAUCUCCGCCUCUACGAGUUCUCUAUGAGCCUGGGCACGUAUCUUAAGCUCGCAGAAGGAGGAAAAGACACGACAUCUCUUUCCGGUCGAAGCUCCAUCGAGCAGCAAGACAACGACUGGGAAUUCCCACCAACGUCCCUUGCGUACUACAUAGAGCAGGCCAUCGACGCAGCAGGAUUGCUUCUUCGUUUGAUGCUACAUUUCCACUCACCAAUGGGCAAGAACACCCUGCGAUACGCCAGUUCUAGGCAUUACAUGAAGAUUGUCCUUAGAUCCGGGAUUCCGAGCAUAUCCUAUCAAACGGCUUUGAUUGCCACACUUAGGGAUACUGUAGCUGUUCUCGAAAGGUGCAGCAUAGAUGCCGCGCACCCAGCGCUCCGAUACGCUAUUCUACUUCGAGGUCUAAUGAUGGACCUCGAGCCAUCGAGGUCGCCUGAAGCAUCUUCUUUGAUCUCUCUUACAAUUGGCUCGAGAGUGUCUCGGAGUAUGAUACCAGACGAAUUCAACUGGAACGGGUCAUAUCCACUUGACAACACUGCGAACACCAUCUCCAACCAAACUGGAACCCAGACGGAUUUCCCCAAUAGCAUUCCCUUAUCAAGUGCGGGAGUUUCCCAGUGGCUAUCCUCGACCGGGUAUAAUGAAGGCAACCAGUGGACUGGAUUUGAUAGCUCGAUUAUCGAAAUGGGUCAAUCCAAUGGCUGCCAUAUCAACUUCUAG